AUGGCAAGUAUUGAAAUCAUGCUGGCAAUGUCAUUACCCAGUGAGGAUGGAAGGUUGAAGUAUAGACAAACACUUCCUUUGGGGCUGGGAGAUGGACAGCUCUUUACCUGGACUGAUGGCCUGAAAAGGAAGGACUGGCAUGAUUAUGAAAGCAUUCAAAAAGAUGCAAUGCGUUCAGGGAAAGGUGAACAUGGGAAACCGUACCCUCUUACAGAGGAAGACCAUGAUGAUUCUGCUUAUAGGGAAAAUGGCUUCAACAUAUUUGUUAGCAACAACAUAGCCCUGGAACGGUCCCUGCCAGACAUCCGACAUCCUAACUGUAAGCACAAGGUGUACUUGGAAGCACUACCGAACACGAGCAUCAUCAUCCCGUUUCACAACGAGGGCUGGACUUCGCUCCUGCGCACCAUCCACAGCAUCAUCAACCGCACCCCGGACAGCCUGAUCGCAGAGAUCAUCCUGGUGGAUGACUUCAGUGACAGAGAACAUUUAAAAGAGAAGCUGGAGGAAUACAUGGUCCGCUUUGCCAAGGUGAGGAUUGUGCGCACCAAGAAACGGGAAGGGCUCAUUCGGACCAGGCUGCUGGGAGCCUCGCUGGCUAGAGGAGAAGUCCUGACAUUCCUGGAUUCCCACUGCGAAGUCAACGUGAAUUGGCUGCCACCCUUGCUCAACCAGAUUGCCCUUAACCACAAAACCAUCGUGUGCCCUAUGAUCGAUGUCAUUGACCACAAUCACUUUGGCUACGAGGCGCAGGCGGGGGAUGCCAUGCGAGGAGCUUUUGACUGGGAAAUGUACUACAAACGAAUUCCGAUUCCUCCAGAGCUCCAGAGAGCUGAUCCCAGCGACCCCUUUGAGUCUCCUGUAAUGGCUGGAGGUCUGUUUGCCGUGAACCGGAAAUGGUUUUGGGAGCUGGGAGGCUAUGACCCAGGAUUAGAAAUAUGGGGAGGAGAGCAGUAUGAAAUCUCCUUCAAGGUGUGGAUGUGUGGAGGUGGCAUGUAUGAUGUUCCAUGCUCUCGAGUUGGGCAUAUCUAUAGAAAGUACGUCCCGUAUAAAGUCCCUUCUGGAACCAGCCUUGCACGGAACCUGAAGCGAGUGGCCGAGACAUGGAUGGAUGAGUUUGCAGAGUACAUUUACCAGCGACGGCCUGAGUACAGACAUCUCUCCACUGGUGACAUCUCUGCCCAGAAGGAGCUGCGCAAGCACCUCAAGUGUAAAGAUUUCAAGUGGUUCAUGGCUGCAGUGGCUUGGGAUGUCCCCAAAUACUACCCUCCUGUGGAACCUCCACCUGCUGCCUGGGGAGAGAUUCGAAACGUGGCAGCCAACCUGUGUGUGGACAGCAAACACGGAGCCACAGGGACUGAGCUGAGGCUGGACAUCUGUGUGAAGGAUGGCUCAGAGCGAACAUGGUCACAUGAACAGCUCUUCACCUUUGGUUGGAGAGAAGACAUCCGUCCUGGGGAGCCACUUCACACUAGGAAGUUCUGCUUCGACGCCAUCUCACACAGUAGCCCUGUCACACUGUAUGACUGUCACGGGAUGAAGGGAAACCAGCACUGGAGCUAUAGGAAGGACAAAACUUUGUUCCAUCCGGUAAGCAGCAGCUGCAUAGAUUGCAACCCAGCUGAGAAGAAGAUUUUCAUGAACAGAUGUGAUCCUUUAUCUGAAACUCAACAGUGGAUUUUUGAACAUAUUAAUACGACUGUUUUAGAAAAAUUUAACAGCAAGGCCACUUCCUAGAAGGAAAAAGAUUUGAACACACAUAUUUACAUAUAGACUGCAGACUACAUUUUUGCCAGCAUCUGGGUCAAAGGAGUCAGGAAUUAAAUUUCCUAGAUCCAGGAAAUCUGUUCUGAGGAUUAAGAAAAUGCCACAGCAAGAGCCAGCAGGCUGUCCUUGUGGAUAUACAGUAUCUGGAGAACUUGGCCAAGAGCCUCACCGGAUGCUGCUGAGAACUUCAGGCUGAAAAUUCCCUUGCUGGUCAAGGGAAAAAAAACUUUGUUUAAAAACUGUUUAAAAGUACUCCAAGUUAAUAAAGUAAAACAAAACUCUAGAGUUUCUCAGGUCAAAUCCUGCUGUAGUGAGUAGCUCAGAACAGACGCUAUGAUUUGGGAUGGGUUUACGGUGUGCAUGAUGCCAACAGGAGCCUGAAGAAAUCCCAGGUUUUAGAAUUAAACGUGCUGGUAGAAGAAUAAUGAUGUCCCAGCACUCCCUAGACAAGAUAUAUGCUCUGUUGACAUUCUCUUAAUAAAAGGUUGGGUUAAGCAGGUUUAACCCUCAG